UUAGUUCAGAGUUUUCGGAGUGCUAUGCCGAACCUAGCAACUAUUUGCACGUAGUGCUCAGUUAUCUGCGGCCUGUCAAUUAACGCUCACAUUUAAUAGUGUGUGAAACUUUAUUUGUUCUGCUUUACAAUGUCAAAGAAUGAAAAACAGUUUUUAAGUGAGUUUAUUGAGUUGUACAGAUCAUUCCCGUGUCUCUGAAACAUAAAAUCCAAGCAGUACAGUGAUCGUAAUGCGAAACAACAGGCUUAUGAAAGUAUGAUUGAAAAAAUGCGGGAGUUCGAUGUAGGAGCAACCAAAGAAACUGUAGUAAAAAAAAUUAACUCUUUAAAAACCGCGUACAGGAGAGAAUUAAAAAAAGUUAUUGAUUCGGAGAGGUCUGGUGCUGGUGAAGAAGACGCGUACGUUCCUCAUUUGUGGUAUUUUGAUUUGCUUAACUUUACACGAAAUCAAGAAAUGCCACGAAAGACGCAAACCAAUGUUGAAGAUGAAGAUGAAGAAUCAGAACUUCAUCAAUUUACGGCUGAGCGUGAUAAAGAAACUAGUGAAUCAGGAUUAUUCUCACCAAGGGAGUCGCCAAGUAUUUCUCCACCCUCUACACCACACUCUUUGACGUUGGGACCAUCCACAUCCACACGCCCGUCCACUCAGACAACUAGAACCAUGAAACGGCAGCUGGAUAAAUGCGAUGAUAUAUUACAUGUAAUUGGGAAACGUUUUACAGCCACGGCGCCGUUGAAGACAAAUUUACAUUAAUAGCCAAAACAUGGGCGGUGAAGUUAAAGGAACUUGUUCCACUUCAAGUGGUUUAUGCCAAAAAAUUAAUUAAUGAUAUUUUUUACGAGGCCCACUUAGAAAAGUUGACUCCUAACUCUGCUUUUUAAACCACUUAUCAACUUGCAAAUCGGUUACAGAAUCAAACAUAUUUUCAAAACAUAGAGCCUUAUCGGCAUCAGACUCAGCCAUACCUACAACCACAGACACUUCAGCACCAUACACAACCGUACAAUCAACCACCUCACGGACAACAAUGGCCAGUGUCAUUACAGCCAACUUAUUCGCAACUACAGCAAAAACAAGCAUAUCUACACAUGCCGGAAGAAGUCAAUCUCACUUCAUGUCUACCCCAUUCACCAGAGCAAACAAACAUAAAAGAUCAGUUUCAACAAGAACAACAACACUUGACAAAAGAACCCCUACUGCAGAAUGAACCCAGCAAUCAAAAAAAGAGUGAGAGCUCUGUGUCAAUAUACUUUCAACAUUUUAAAGAUGUUUAACUUUUGUUGUUCUUUUUUUCUUGGAGAAAGUGUUUUUUAAGAAAAUUUUAUUUGUUCGUUUUUCUUUUUGAUAAAGGAACAUAGUUUUUUGACAUUUCCUGUAUUAUUAUAAGAGAAAUAUAUUUUAUUUGGUAAAUGAUA